AUGGCCUCCAUAUCCGAAAGAACCUCACUCUUCGAGUCCCCCUCCACUCCCAAAUCAUCAGAACAGUGGAAACAAGCUCUCGCAGGCGUCAAGCUGCUGUACAUUCGCCGUCAAUACAAGCAGUGUGCCGCUCGCGCCGCCGAGAUUCUACGCAAUGCAAAUCAAAAGGCGAGUUAUCUGCUUUUUCUCUCCUGA